CGUGCAAAGCGGCGCGCGCGUGAUCCGUCGGCGUUCCUCUCCUCCCAACGACGAGCUCCGAGCGUCGUCCCGCGCGGCUCGACCAACCCGCUGUCAGGCGCCACGUCGCGCCGCUCUCGCCAUCUUUCCGUCGCGCGAGCCGCGUUUAAAGCGCCGCCGCAGUGGGGAAGCUCCGCACUCGAGCCGCGUCCGCAGCAGACCCGAAGAAACAUGAACGUGUUCCGGCUGACCGGGGACCUCUCCCACUUGGCGGCCAUCAUCAUCCUCCUGCUGAAGAUAUGGAAAAGCAGGUCGUGCGCAGGAAUAUCUGGGAAGAGUCAGAUACUCUUUGCCUUGGUGUUCACCACUCGCUAUCUGGACCUCCUCACGUCCUUCAUUUCUUUGUACAACACCACCAUGAAGGUCAUCUAUAUCGCAUGUGCCUAUGCCACGGUUUACCUGAUAUACGCAAAGUUCAAAGCCACGUAUGACGGCAACCACGACACGUUCAGAGCCGAGUUCCUAGUCGUUCCCGUCGGCGGCCUGGCCUUCCUCGUCAACCACGACUUCUCUCCUUUGGAGAUCCUGUGGACGUUCUCCAUCUACCUGGAGUCCGUGUCGAUCCUCCCACAACUGUUCAUGAUCAGCAAGACCGGAGAAGCGGAGACCAUCACCACUCACUACCUGUUCUUCCUGGGCCUCUAUCGAGCCCUGUAUCUCAUCAACUGGAUCUGGCGCUUCUACUUCGAGGGCUUCUUCGACAUGAUCGCCAUCGUGGCGGGCAUCGUGCAGACAAUCCUGUACUGUGAUUUCUUUUAUCUCUACGUGACAAAAGUGUUGAAAGGAAAGAAGCUGAGUCUGCCAGCUUAAGCGUGAACGAGCGCGGCGCACGGAGCGGCACGGGACGCAGAGGACGAGUAAGAUGCCUGAGACAGAGCGAGAAAGAAGACCUCCAGUCCUGUUCACAUCAGGCGCUCUGGAACGCCUCUGGAUUCAAGAUUCAGAAACACGGCUUCACCAAGUCUUCGGAUUCCUGUUUUACGCAUCUUCUCUUACCCUUUCUUUUUUUAUUAUUAUUAUUCUGUAUCAAAGAAAAAGUUUUCUACACGAAAAGCGUGCUAUGAUUCGACCGACGGCGAUCAUAAAAACGAGCUGAACGUGCUAACAGGCAGGGACUGAUUUUUGUUUGCGAGGGUGUUUUCGAUCUGAUUCGAUGUACGUGUUUUCAAAAAGAUUACGGGAGCGUUUGUAGCUCCGUGAGUUGAAAUCGAAUUAAAAAAAAAAAAAAAUUCUUAUCGCAAUAAUCCUUUGUUAAAAAGGUCGGUCGUAAUAUAGUGGUUUCCCAAACCGCUCGUUUAAUUCGGUUCGUACGGUACAAUCUCUAAUGUUUGGAAAUUUCACGUUUGUGCUUCAAACAGCUCAACUGUUGGGAACCGUGCCACUGUCUGUCAGCGUACAGUAUUUGACACUGCCUUCAUCACUGUAAAUGGCUUCAUAAAGAACCAAAAAUAAAUUGUACAAAUGUUCGCAUAUUUUUAUGCAGUUUAUUUUUAGGGAUUUUUUUUUUUUUUUUUUUUUUUUUGCAUUUAAUAAUGUUUCCGGAAAUUCACCUGCAGUUUGAUUGCUUUAAAGGUGUUUUUUUUUUGCUUUUGAUUGACGUAAAAUAUGUUACACAUACCGACGCGUGUAUUGGCGAGAUGUUCAUUUUCUUUGAUCGGAUUUUUAAUG